UCUGCAGUAGUUGUCAUCAUCGGAUUCCGAGCAGAAGACGCGUGCAAGUGAAUUGCCGAUGAAAAGUGAAAAUCAGUUAAAUAUUAGGGAAAUAUAAUAGAAUUUUAUAAUAAUGAAUUUCCUUAGUAGAAAUAUAACCUCUCUGGUGCAGGCGUGUAGCAGCAAUACGUUGCGAGGUUUUGACGUCGUCAGAACUACGACCGGACUUUGGAAAAUGCACUUGACUGGUCCGAUAAUAAAAAACAGACCAAACAAAAACCCGUUAGAUGGAGCGCCGUUCGCCAAAGGAGUUGUACUCAAAACUCUCAUAAAGAAACCGAAAAAACCAAACUCAGCUAACCGGAAAUGCGUAUUGGUCAGACUGUCGAAUGGGAAGGAAAUGACCGCCUACGUCCCAGGAAUUGGUCACAAUCUUCAAGAACAUAACAUAGUCCUCGUCAGGGUUGGGAGAUGUCAAGACGUGCCUGGAGUCAAGAUAAAAUGUGUCCGAGGAGCCUACGAUCUGCCCCACGUAAUUAAGACGCCUAAAUAAAUCCUAAUACAUGGAUUGAAAAUUACUUUUUGAUAGUUUAUAGUACAAGUUUCAUCAAUAAAACCAUGAUCUUUAUUCAUA